AUGGGUGACGACGAUUGGCCGUCGCAACGGUUUCGGGAUCAUGUGAUAAAUCGACUGGAACCGGAACUGGCACGUAAUCGUCAGAAUGCGCCAAAUUUACCUGUACCCGGUGAUGCUCGACAG